AUGGAACUGCAUAUUUUGGACCACAAAGUACAUGUGAUUAGCGUGGAGAAGUAUGCCAUAUCCGUCGUAACCCGUGCAUUGGUCAAACUAGCUUUAUUGUAUAAACAGACAAAUUGUAAAUUUUUUAGUUUUACGGAGACAUGUGAUGAUUAUUCAAUCAUUGUAGAUGAGGAGGGAUUCAAAGAAAUCCCCAAACAUGAAGAUGUCAAAGUUCAACUUGAUUCAUGGCGUGUCUUGAACGUUGCCGUGGGUGCCUAUGCCACUAAUAAAGUAUCUGGUCUUACCAAAAUAGCCAAGUCUGUUAUCCUGCCUCUAGCAGAUUAUCACGUCUCCGUUUUCUGCAUGUCUACUUACCAGACUGACUUUAUUUUGGUGAAGGAAGAUGAUAUGAAAGCUGCAAUUGAAUGUUUGUCAUUUAAGUAUAAUAUUUUCCAAGAGAAAGAUGGUGAGAUGAUACCAGUACCAGUGAAUCAUCCGGUAGAUGAAGACAAACUACAAGAUCCAGGUACACCAAGACCUAUUGUGCACCCAUUUACUGUUCCGUUGAAUCGAUUUUCAAUCAGAAGCCUAGAUCCAGAAACACUGCCUAAUGUAGCCACAGUCCUCUUAGAACUUAUGUUCUAUUCAGACAGUUUAUCAACUUCUCCACAAGAUGGUCAUGAUCGUUUUUUUUCCUAUUCAGUGGUAGAUGGUGACAUAUCACUUGUACUAGAUAGUGAAGCUCUUGUAAAAUUCCCGCCUCAUUCUCUGUUUGGUAGCACAGCUGGUGAAUGUUGGAAAAUGGUUAGAAUCGGUGCCACACCGCUUGGAUUUGUGGAAAGUGGAAUUGUUGCACAAUUUGCUCAACCAGUCUCAGAAGGUGGUUAUUUCACGUACUAUAUCAGUACAUUUACAAAAGGAUAUACUUUGGUGCCUGAGGAAGAUGCAGAAGACGUGAUGCGGAUCUUGAAGAGUCGUCAACAGUUACAGGCCAUUAAAGAGGAAAAUGAAGAAAACCAUAUCACAUUUCCUGAACAAGAAUUGAACCAUUCCGAUAUUACGACACAAAGCCAUGAAAUCAAAGAAAUUCAUGACACUGUUACGCAUGAUUCUGCCGAAGAAAAUGCAUUAACUCAAUGCACAGAAGGGGGGAAAAAACUGUUACCUAGGAAACAGAAAGAUGGAAAAAUUGUUUAUUAUUGAAUAAAUUGAUAGUUUGGGCAAAUGA